AUGCAGCUCCCCCCUCCCCUCCGGCAUGAUUCCCGCAGUCCUAUCACACCAAAGAAGAGAGGCACGAUGGCACAUUCUACCCCUGAUUCUGACGCAGACUGGAACGCAGUGACGCCUUCUCCUACAAGCCCGAAGGAGGAGCCGUGUGACUCUUCACCAGACCCGAAAGAGGAGCUGUAUGAUUCUGAACCGACAACCCCAUGCUCUACCAUCAGCCCAACCCAGGCACUCCCAAUCAAGUUGGAAAUCAAUAACCCCUCUCCGUCAGGCGUCAACGAAUCUCGCCAAUAUGGGGUGUCAAGCACGUCGGAAAUCCCUACACCUUAUUCAGAGCAGCCGCCAUAUUUUGCUUUAUUCGCGAAGACACCACCUCCAACUAUCGUAACUGUUGGUUGCGAUAUCCAGCCAAUGAUUGUUCAUUUGGAUGUAGACAGCGAUUUUUUCAGCGGUCUUUCCAAAACUCAGCUCUAUCUGAAUGUCGGGCUAGCGGACUCAAACGAUAUGACAAGGGUGGAAGGUUUACAGAAUGGGACUGGUAUUGGAAGCAGGCCACCCUCUCUAGAGCUUAACAAUGGUGGGAAGAAGGUGUUUCGAUUCCCCUUCUUCUUUUCUUCAUUGCGAGUGUUGAAAGAGGGGCGUUUUCGCUUUACCUAUGCUGUUCAAAUCCCUGGUUGUGACUAUACCAGGCCAGCCUUCGCAGUCAGCAAGUGUUUCUCAACGACCUUUUGCCCAGAGUUUUCAAGCGAAGAAAUGGAGUACUUAUGUGAGGAACAGCGUAAAGGCAACAUACGCCUCCGCUGGGAAGGGAAAAGCAUACAUAUUGAUGUUCUUGAGACGAAUUGA